AUGGAAAGCUUUAAGAAAGAGCAACUGAAUCACAUGCCAACCUCUUCUAUCAACUUCCUUGAAGGACUUCCCGAUGUCGUCUUCUAUGCGGUGAUGGAGAGACUUCCUGCACGGGUCAUCGAAAACACUGUUCGACAACUCUCAAAGAAUUGCUAUAGAAGGGUCGAGCUGCGCAGAGAAAGACUUCCUCGUGUUUAUAUCGAUGAGCUUUGUGUUCAUGAGAACAUGCUUCGAUUUAUACAUGGAGGAAGGAACGAAUAUUCGGAAAAGAUAGAUCCAGCUAAAUUAAUUCAACAUUUGGCGUAUUUGAAUGAGCGUGUCACCUUCCACACCCUCCAUUUGCAGGAUGUCAAUUGGGACAUGUUUGCAAAUUGCAAGUUCGAAUGCGAAGAAUUGUCUUGUUUUGUGAUUGAGACGACUCUUUCACCAGAAAGAUUCAUGGAUGUUUUUCGCAGUGUAAGACCAACACGCAACUUAUAUAUUGCGGCGCACGGGGACAACAAAAUUUUUCCUGUUACAAGUGACUUUUUCACCAAUAACUAUGCGAUUGAGUUGAAACUUGUUCGGUUGUGGGGUUACGGGAAUGCCAUGGUGGAUCCAUUAAAUGACACAAUCCUGUUAGAUUCAACUCCUCUGGUUUUAUCCGGUCAUUUUCGAACAAGUUCCGGCUGCACUCUUAAUGGGAUUCUAACGAUGAUCCGAGACUGGUACACUUCAGAGCGUCAAAUUGAUGCAAUUGAUCUUCGAUCAGUUGGCGGGGAAGCAGAACGUCAAAAUUUCUUUUACAACUUAUCUGGAUUGCAAGCUGUUAAACGGCUCCUCUUCAAAGGUUCCAUCUAUUCUAUGAUCGCUUUGGAGAGAGCAAAUGGAAACAUCAUUGGGUUUUCUGUUCGCAGUGAUGGAAAAGGUCAUAUUGAUAUUUCCAUGCUUCGACUAGUGCCGGGUCCGGAAGCUGACUUAUAUGGGCUGCAUAAUGACGUAUUU